AUGCCAGCCAUUACCCUCCAUCCUCACGCGUCGCGAUCGCCAUCACGCGUCGCAAACCCUCUGCCCCAACUCCUCCAGACCCCCUCCGGCCUGGCCCUGCUGGAACUUCAAGGAACAAUCAACAUCCCCUCCCACGAUGAAGCCUCGACUUCAGCCGAACCAGCCGACAGCCGGUCUCAGGAGCCCUCCGUGUUCGAGACCCCGAUCGGCAAGCUCAUGUUCCCUGACUACUCGCCGCAGGGCCCGGCUGACGACACGACCUGGAUGAGGCGGGUCUACCUGUAUGUCGGACGCUACCAACGCAUAACAGGUGAGGUGAAGAAGCUGCCCAAACCACUGGCUAUUGUGCAGCGGAGGUCGACGCAGGUACCUGCCCGAGGAAGCGCGCGGAACGAUGUCGACGAAUUGGAAGUGGUCGAGGUGGUGCGCUACAAGAUUUACUUCAAGAAUCGACCGGAGCCCGUCAACGACCUCUAA